AUGCCUGUCGACAUUGAGACUACCAAGCCGGGAGAUGGCAAGACCUUCCCUCAAAAAGGGCAACAAGUCACCUGCCACUACGUCCUCACCCUCGAAAAUGGGAAGAAAGUGGACAGCUCUCGAGACCGCGGAAAGCCAUUCCAGUUCAGAAUUGGAAAAGGAGAAGUGAUUAAGGGCUGGGACCAAGGAGUUGCCAAGAUGAGCGUCGGGCAACGUGCCAUCCUCACGAUCUCGCCCGAUCUCGGAUACGGAGAGAAGGGAGUUAGUGGUGCUAUACCUGGAAACAGCACUCUCAUCUUCGACGUCGAGCUUUUGGGCACAAAC